AUGCAACAGGUCUUCCGGUGUUUGUCUGAAUUCACGGCGGCGGCUAUGUAUCGACUGGGCACUUUUGGCUUCUUGGCUGGAGAUGAAGUCAAUCGCUUCGGAUCUCUCAAUGCGGGCCUUCAGGAUCAGCAGCUCGCUUUGUACUGGGUACAGCAGUACAUCCAUCUCUUCGGAGGCGAUCCGUCCAGAGUAACCAUCGGCGGCGAAUCAGCAGGCGGCGGGAGCGUCAUGCUGCAGUCCAUGGCGUACGGAGGGUCGCUCGGUACCCAGUUGUUCAACAACGUCUUCGCGUCGAGUCCGUAUCUCCCACAGCAGUAUGAUUACCGCGCCUUUGUACCAGAGCAAGCAUAUUACGCGUUCGCCCAAGCGGCAGGCUGUCUUACAGGUCCUUACGGCAAUACCAAUCAAUCCGUCUUUGCCUGUCUUCAAGCCGGAGAUAGCGCGACACUCAUCAACGCAUCCGCAUCCGUCAGUGAAGAAGGUGUUUAUGGCACAUGGGCUUUCGUCCCCGUAACCGGACCUGCAGGAUCCUUCGUGCAGGAGUUACCUAGUCAGCAGCUACUUCAAGCCAAAGUCAAUGGCAAAGUCGUCCUCUCCGGGAACAACGCCAACGAGGGAUACCCAUUCGUUCCCAAGGGUGUCACUACAGAAGACGAAGCCAUCGCCUAUCUCAAACUACUGUUCCCAUUCUUCUCCGAAGACAACCUCAACACCGUUCUGGCCGCUUAUAAGUACGAUACUGGACCCAACGCGACACUCUAUGCGACAGCAGGUGACAGCGGUGACACUGCGAACGACAUCAGCUCGGUCGCGUCUGGUCCACAACAGCAAAUCGCUCAGACCUACAGCGAAACGACCUUCGUAUGUCCGUCAUACUGGCUCGCUGAAGCAUUCAUCGCUUCCGGAGGAGCAGGUUACAAGUACCAGUUCUCCGUUCCUCCCGCUACACAUGGUGCGGAUGUCGCAGCAUACUUUGGGAACGGAUACACGAGCGAUUUCUCUCAGGCCUUUCAAACUGCUCUAGGCACCUUGAUCAUCGACAACAAGCCCAGUAUCCCCAGUCAAGUCGCCAACGGUCUCUCAACCAGCAAUACAAGCUUCAACCCCGCCAGCGAUUGGCCAGUCUUUUCGAUGCAAAGCGAGCUCAUGAUCGACCUCAACACAACCUGCACGGACUUUGUCACUAGUGCGGCAGGUGUCCCGACGUGUCAAGGUGCCGAUAAUCUCAAUGAGAUCAGGGAAGUCGAUGCGUACAGCUGGGAGGGAGGCAGGGGAGCGAGGUGCGAGCUUUGGCGAUCAUUGUACCAAGUCGUUCCCGAAUAA